AUGGCGAGCCCCGCGCGCCCGCGGCAGGAGCUGGCGGCGGAGGAGCGGCGGCUCCGCGGCGCGGCCCCGGCGGUGCCCCGCGACGCCGAGCGGGAGGCGGCGGGGGAGCGGCUGCCGCUGCUGGAGCUGCGCCCCUGCGCGCGGCCGCCGUCCCCCGGCCCCGGCCAGCGGCGGGAGGAGGGGGAGGAGGAGGGCGAGGAGGAGGAGGAGGAGGAGGAAGCGGCGGCGGGCGAAGGCUGCUGCAGCAAGUGCAAGAAGCGGGUGCAGUUCGCCGACUCGCUGGGGCUGAGCCUGGCCAGCGUCAAGCACUUCAGCGACGCCGAGGAGCCGCAAGUGCCGCCCGCCGCGCUGUCCCGCCUGCAGAGCCCGCCCGCCGAGGAGCGGGACCCGCCGCCGCCCGCCCUGCGCCUGCUGCCCGACUUCGCCGACGGCGGGGAGCCCAGCGCCGAGCGGCUGCGGCGGCAGCGCGUCUGCCUGGAGCGGCUGGGGCGGCCCCCGGCGGCCCCCGACGUGCGGGGCACGGUGCAGGUCCUGGGCUGCCCCGGCCCCAAGGAGGUGACGGUGCGCUACACCUUCAACGAGUGGCUCUCCUUCCUGGACGUCCCGGCCGCCCCCCUGCCCCCGGCCCCGGCGGCCGCCGGCGACGCGCCGGCCGAGCGCUACGCCUUCGCCCUGUGCGUCCCGCCGAGCCUGCGGGAGGGCUCGGCCCUCCACUUCGCCAUCCGCUACCGCAGCCCGCAGGGCGAGUACUGGGACAACAACGGCGGCCGCAACUACACGCUGCGCUGCUGCGGCUCCCCCGCGCCGCCCCCCGCCGCCCCCCACUCCUGA